UGUGGAAUGGAGAGUGUGUUGAGGUUGCAGUCUGUGGUUAAUACGUGUUUGCUAUCGAAUUUAAUUUACAUUCAUUACAAGUCACGGCAAAACGACGGGAAAUUUUAAUACGUAAAGAAACAAAGCCUGUACAUGUGUACUAUACUUCUUUGCGCUUCCUUGUAACAGAAGUGGGCUGUGGUAAGGGCAAAUGAGAAUAUUGACUUACUUCAGAACUGGAAAUACAAUGGAAAUAAUGUGGAGGGUAAAGAACAAAGUCCGAUGUGUCCAGCUGAUAUGAGUUUGGAGAUUCCGUUUAAAUUUUGAACUUUUAAAACAUGGAGUGCAAUGAUGAUUCAGAUUUGUAUAGGUUAGAAGGUAGUAAAAAUGAAAGAGGUGGCCUUAUCAUCAAGAGAAAGCCGCCCGAAGAUGGGGUAUUUAAGGCCCCGGCUCCGAAGAAAUCCAUCCUUGGAUUGGAUAAAUUAGCAGCUUUGCGAAGGAAGCAGAAAGAAGACGCAGAAGAAUCUGAAACAAAGAAGUCCAAGGUGAUUUCUUAUAUGGAUGAAGACGAUGGAAAAGAAGUUCAGCAUGAUGUGGAAAAGAAGGAGAGGAAAAGAAAGGAAAGAAACUACCGCCCAGCUCAUGUGGAAACUCCGUCAUACACGGGUGGCAUAUCAAAAGAAGCUCGUGACAGGUUAGUGGAGCGGAUGCAGAAGAACAAGGAACGCAGUGUGUUGCAGGCCUCUUCCAAGGGCAUAGAUCAGGAGAAGGAACGAGAUCACAAUGAGAAGAACCAUGACAAACAUCGACACUCUCAUGAUAAAGAGAGGGGUUCACGUGACAGAGAUAGAGACAGGGUUAAGAGGAGAGAUCACAGGGAUAGGAGAGGUCGAGACAGGGACAGUCAAAGGAGUUCAGUUAGGAGUGGUCGAGACAGGGGGUCUUCCAGGUCAGAUUGGAGCGAAACACCACGCUUUAAGGAUGAGCCACUUACUCCGAACAUAAAAAUAAAGGACUCACCAUCCAGAACCAGCUGGGAUGAGGACGAUCCUGUUCCUUCUCGUCGCUCCAGCUGGGACUUGCCUACACCAGUUGCGGGACGACCUGAUGUUGACUGGUCAGAGAGAAGCUCCCGAAGAGGCACAGAUAAGCCAGACCGCAAACAGAGACAUGAUGAUACCCCACGACCCACUCCUGCUCACAAGUACAACUCCUGGGCCAGAGAUCGAAAGAAAAGUGGAGCAACUCCAUUACCUGGCAGAGAGAAUGAUGUGCAGUGGGCAUCGAAUGAGGACCGGGAGUUGUGGGAGGAGGAACAGAAGAGACUGGACAGGGAAUGGUAUGCAAUAGACGAAGGGUAUGAUGGCGAUAACAACCCAUUUGCUAAUCUAAGUGAGGACUACACGAAAAAGAAGGAAGAACAGUUGGAACAAAGGAGAAAGAAGCGUAUGUCAGCACAGCAGCGACAGAUUAACAAGGACAAUGAGCUGUGGGAGCGAAACAGGAUGCUGACAAGCGGUGUGGUUCAUUCUGUCGAUGUGGAUGAAGACUUUGAUGAAGAGAAUGUGGACCGAGUCCAUCUUUUAGUACACAAUAUUGUUCCUCCAUUCCUAGAUGGCCGCAUUGUAUUCACAAAACAGCCAGAACCUGUGGUUCCUGUUAAGGAUCCGACAUCAGACAUGGCAAUGGUUGCAAGGAAAGGAUCGGCUCUUGUUCGGGCAUUCAGAGAGCAGAAGGAAAGAAAGAAGGCGCAGAAGAAGCAUUGGGAGAUAGCAGGAACCACUAUCGGCAACAUCAUGGGUGUGCAGAAGAAGGAGGAAGAGAAGGAUGAAAGAGUGAAUGCAGAUGAUGAAACAGACUACAAAACGGACCAGAAAUUUGCAGAACACAUGCAGGAAACUGCUGAAGCUUCUAGUGAGUUUGCUAAGAAGAAAACUAUUCUUCAGCAGCGGAGGUAUCUGCCAGUCUUCGCUGUCAGACAAGAGCUGUUAAAUGUGAUACGAGAGAACAAUGUAGUGAUUAUAGUGGGUGAGACAGGGAGCGGCAAGACAACACAGCUUACGCAGUACCUUCAUGAGGAUGGUUAUAGUCACUAUGGUAUGAUUGGCUGUACUCAACCUCGCCGUGUUGCAGCCAUGUCUGUAGCGAAAAGAGUUUCUGAUGAAAUGGGCACCCAUCUUGGUGAGGAAGUGGGUUAUGCCAUCAGAUUUGAAGAUUGUACUUCAGAGAAAACAAUGAUCAAAUAUAUGACUGAUGGUAUCCUUCUGAGGGAGUCCCUUCGAGAAUCAGACUUGGACAACUACAGUGCCAUUAUCAUGGACGAGGCUCAUGAACGUUCUCUCAGCACAGAUGUUCUGUUUGGAUUAUUGCGGGAGGUGGUUGCCCGACGACAGGACCUUAAACUGAUUGUAACGUCAGCCACGAUGGAUGCCACCAAGUUUGCUACUUUCUUUGGCAAUGUUCCUACUUUUACCAUUCCUGGACGUACAUUUCCAGUGGAUACACUCUUUAGCAAGAAUCCUGUGGAAGAUUAUGUUGACUCGGCUGUGAAGCAAGCAUUGCAGAUCCAUCUGCAGCCAAAUGAAGGCGACAUCCUGAUCUUCAUGCCUGGGCAAGAAGACAUAGAAGUGACUUGUGAGGUGCUGGCUGAGAGGCUGGGAGAGAUUGAUAAUGCACCUCAGCUCUCUGUGCUACCCAUCUAUUCACAGCUGCCUUCAGAUCUGCAGGCAAAGAUCUUCCAGAGGUCACCGGAAGGGCUGCGCAAAUGCGUUGUUGCUACAAACAUUGCAGAAACGUCUUUAACAGUGGAUGGAAUCAUGUAUGUAGUGGACUCGGGUUACUGCAAGCUGAAGGUAUACAAUCCACGUAUUGGUAUGGAUGCCCUACAAAUCUACCCCAUCAGUCAGGCAAAUGCAAACCAGCGUUCUGGUCGUGCUGGCAGAACAGGUCCAGGGCAGUGUUUCAGGUUAUACACAGAGCGGCAGUACAAGGAUGAGUUGCUGGUAACCACAGUGCCCGAGAUACAGCGGACCAAUCUGGCUAACACUGUUCUGCUCCUCAAAUCACUUGGAGUUCAGGACUUACUGCAGUUUCACUUCAUGGAUCCACCCCCUCAGGACAAUAUCUUGAACUCUCUGUAUCAGCUGUGGAUUCUAGGAGCCCUAGAUCACACAGGAACUCUGACCCCACUGGGCCGCCAGAUGGCGGAGUUCCCACUGGAUCCGCCACAGUGCCAGAUGCUCAUUGUUUCAUGUCAGAUGGGCUGCUCAGCAGAAAUUCUGAUUAUAGUGUCGAUGCUGUCAGUGCCAUCUAUAUUUUACCGUCCGAAAGGCCGAGAAGAGGAGGCAGACGCUGUACGAGAGAAGUUCCAAGUACCUGAGUCUGACCAUCUAACAUACCUCAAUGUUUACAAUCAGUGGAAGAGUAAUAAUUACUCUGCAGGGUGGUGUAACGACCACUUCAUUCAUGUGAAAGCAAUGCGCAAAGUGCGCGAAGUCCGUCAACAGUUGAAGGAUAUUUUGGUCCAACAGAAAAUUGAGGUUGUGUCGUGUGGCACCGAGUGGGAUAUUAUUCGCAAGUGCAUUUGCUCAGCAUACUUUCAUCAGGCUGCCAGACUGAAGGGUAUUGGAGAGUAUGUGAACUGUCGGACAGGAAUGCCAUGUCACCUUCAUCCAACAUCAGCCCUCUUUGGAAUGGGCUUCACUCCCGACUUUGUUGUGUACCAUGAGCUUAUAAUGACUGCGAAGGAGUACAUGCAGUGCGUGACAGCAGUGGACGGCCAUUGGCUGGCAGAGUUAGGGCCCAUGUUCUUCUCCGUGAAAGAAACUGGACGUUCUGGACGUGCUAAGCGUCGUCAAGCACUGGAACAUCUUCAGGAGAUGGAAGGGCAAAUGAAGAUUGCUCAGGAAGAAAUCAAGGCUCGCAAAGAGGAGCAAGAACGAAAGUUGCAAGUUGGGACUCGAGUGGCAGAAAUAGUAACUCCAGGAGUAAGGGAGCCUGGAACACCGUGCAGAACUCCUGCACGAUUUGGACUUUGAGGAUCUGGUGUUCCUAUAGCAUGCUGGACAAUCAGCAUACACUGUUGCUCUUGUGACAGUAGCGUUGUAAUGCAUAGUGCGGUAAUGCAGGCUGUACAGAUACAGUACAGAGCAUAAGUAGAGAGGAUGGCCAGAAUGCAACCAAAACAGGCCCUUCUCUUCCUGUUGGCAGAGAUGCUGGUAUAUGAAGAGAAGUCAGAACAUAACUUACCUGCAGAAUGUCAUGUCUUUGUCUUACAAAGUUGGAUUCCAGGCAGCGCAAAUGGAAUAAUUGUUUCAAUGACAGAAUUAGAGUUAGCUGUUGUCUAUCAGCUGACAAAUUUUGUCACUACAGUAACACAAACUGUGUGGAAUCUUGUGUUGUAGUGUACUGGACUUAGCAUGUGAGAAUAUCAGAGAACAGCAGGAAAAUAUAUUAUUUGAAGUGAGCAGGGCAGCGAUAAUCCAAGAAAGAAUCAUCAUCUCCUCCUCUUACUUUCUAAUAUUAUUAUUCUUUAUAUAUUCUCUUUCUCCAUUGUCCUUCUUAUUCUCUUAAUUUCUGUUCUCCAUCUUCUUACAGUUUUUCCUCUUCUCCUUCCCUCUUUUUCCCUGAUCCUUCAUCUUCUUAACUUCCUAUUCCUCUGUCAUUACUUUCUCUUCCUUUGUUAGUGUCCUGACAUGUACUAGUCACUACAUCAUGAAGACAUAUGGGGGAGUGGAGGUAUAGUUCCACACAUUCUUAACUUUGGCACUAGGUGGUGCUGGAUGGCACUGAGUGGUCAGCUUUCAGCUCUGUCCACUUUACCCAUAGAAAAGAACCCCUGGUACUCAGUGGAUAGGAGGUUUGAUGAGCCACAGAGCUGGUGUUCACCUAGUGACAUAGACAGAUGUUCCUAUGCAUGUUUGAAGUCAGAAGCCAGUCAUUCUGCUUACAGAUUUUCACUAUACAGACUGAACUGUUUUGGCUUAUACGUACUACUGAUUGGUGCAGAAAUGCAAAAGGACUUGGUAAAAGUUAACAGCAUUAUGAGUUGGGAAGAACAUUACCAAGUAUGUUUACAAAAGAUUUUUCCAUUUUAAAUAUUAAAAAAGGCGUUUUUGUUUUUUUAUUACUCCCCUUUGCUUGUCUCGGAUGCUACAGUUGAAUUUGUCUGAUCCACAGAAUGGCUAUGUAAAUUCCGAGAUUCAGAGCCAUUCGAUUAUCAUGUUUGGAAUGAUACUGAACAGCUAGUGCACAAGAACUUGGAAGAAAUGUUUAAGUCUUGCAGUUCCUGCAACAAAGAACCAAAAUUGUGUGGCCUGUCAGAGUAGAUAACAUCCAAUCAUCCACCAACAAAUGCAAGAAAUGGGUUCAGUCAGUAAUCCAAGAAAACUGGGCCCUGUUCAGUGACAAUUGUGAUAAAAACAAGUGGUUUAGUUAUAAAUAAAAUCCCUGUGUUUAACAUUCAAAAUGGAAAAUAUUUUUCUGUGUAAUGAAUGAACUGAACUGAAUAAAUCUCUCUGUACACAUACUUA